ACAAUUUUCUAAAAAAGCGAUAUUAUAAAUAAAGUAUCAAACCAUCUGGUUUCGGAUUGGAACCAGACUAUGGGAAUUAUUUCGAGAAAGUGAGGUAAACCAGCAGGCAAAUUUUACUUUAAGAAAAAUAAUUCCAAAUAUUCAAAUGUCCAUAUGAAUAUAUUUAUGUCAGAUCAAAAACAAAAUGUCCCUAUCUCAUAGAUCCAGUAGUUUUGAAGUCGAUGUCACCAUCCAAGAUAUGGAAUCACGAUGUUAUGAGUUAAUAUUAAUUUUAUUCGAAGCAUUACUUUAAAUUGAAUAUUUAAAAGGUGUGAAUUGAGACAUUCCCAUGUUUUAGUUCUUUCUGGAUUCCAUCGUGUUUUGUCACUUGCAAUGUAAAUGAAAACAUAACAAAGGGCAGUAAUUGGGGAGGCGUGUUUUCAAGAUUUUCGCCACAAAAUUGCUUACCCCCUCCCAUAUCAUCCAGAUUCGGCCACGCGCUUGCAUGCCAAUUUCAAUUGCACAGGUUUUCGUUUAUUUAUUUAUUCAUUCAUUCAUUUAAUUCGUUCAUUAAUUUAGCCUCGGAAACACUAUAAAUACACAUUUACAAACGUUAGAAAAAAUUGCCAUAUUGAUUAGGCCUAAGUGAAAAUCGAUAUUGUAAUCGCACUUGGAACAGGCACGUCAAGCUGUCAAACCAUUUAAAAGUACGGCGGAAAAUUAUUUUUUAUGCAAGGUCAUGUGGCUGAUUUACUCAUUUAAAUAUCAAAAUUGAACCUCUUCAUCUUGGAGAUACUUUAGACCAACUGAGAUAAUAAAACAUUAAAUGAAGCUACUUCAUCCGGCAAAAUUAGAUAAUUUGAUAAUCUUUGUAAAUGAUUUUAUUUUAUAAUAGGCCUAUAGUCUAUUAUUUCCUCGUCCCUCCACAUCUAUACAAUCAUAGGCCAUAUUCUAUUCAUUUCUAAACAUUUCAUUUAUGGUCAAUUUAGAAUGGGGAUGUAGAAACUCAGUGGUUCUGACAAUCAAAAUGCCAGUCUUUGUCUUUGUGUUUAAUUUCCACAAAGUAGAAAUUUAAUCACACCAAAUGCCGCGCCGAGUCCAUGCUGGCGUCCUCUAAUUAGGGAGCGCGUGCCGUCCGGAUUAUCUCUUUGAUUAGUAUUUUAAAAAGAGGAACAACAAAAAUUAUUAUAAUUAAUUCUUGGAGAGACUAAUUAUUAUUGAGCCAAUAUGAGCAGAUGACAGGUUGAAUUGGGCAACGGUUAUAUAUAAGAAGUGCCAUUGUGGGUCAUGUCAGAAGACAGGGAGAUCAACUGCAACAGUUUCAGAUCUACAGUUUAUGGACCGAGUCUUCACGUGAAUUUGCCCGGAACCGGAAAAAGCCUGAACCUGAUUAACCAAGGACUUUAAGAGGCCACUGUAUAAUUUUCAUCAUUAUCUCCAGCGUCGCCCUCGAUUCUAAUUUUAGCAUGAUGUCAUAUCUUAAGCAACCACCUUACUCAGUCAAUGGACUGGGCAUAACUACCUCCGGGAUGGAUCUCCUCCAUCCGUCCGUGGGCUACCCAGCUACACCUCGUAAGCAGAGACGCGAACGGACGACCUUCACGCGCGCUCAGCUAGACAUUCUAGAGGCCCUCUUCGCCAAGACUCGCUACCCUGACAUAUUCAUGCGGGAGGAGGUGGCCUUAAAGAUAAACCUGCCAGAGUCUCGCGUACAGGUCUGGUUUAAGAACCGAAGGGCAAAAUGUCGGCAGCAGCAACAGCAGCAGCAGACCGGAGGGGCGAACAAGAUUCGACCAGUCAAAAAGAAAAGUUCCCCGGCCAGAGAAGCUAGCUCUGAGAGUGGGGCGAGCGGCCAGUUCACACCCCCUACCAUUACCCCAGUCCCUACUGUCUCCGCCAGUAGCGCCCCGGUGUCCAUCUGGAGCCCAGCCUCAAUUUCCCCCCUUUCCGAUCAUCUCUCUACUUCUUCAUCUUGUAUGCAGCGGUCAUACCCGAUGACUUAUACGCAAGCAUCUGGAUACGGCCAAAGCUACGGCGGAUCAUCUUCUUACUUUGGCGGGAUGGACUGCGGGUCUUACCUCUCCUCCGUGCCUCACCAGAUAGCAGGGCCCGGGUCAGCGCUUAGUCCAAUGAGUGCUAAUACUGUUACCAGUCACCUCAACCAGUCCCCAGCUUCGCUAUCUGCUCAGGGGUACGGAGCAUCUGGGCUGGGGUUCAACUCUGCCGCCGAUUGCUUGGAUUACAAAGAUCAACCGGCCUCCUGGAAAUUGAACUUUAAUGCCGACGGCUUGGAUUACAAAGAUCAGACCUCGUCUUGGAAAUUCCAGGUUUUGUGAAGCCAACGACCGGCGUUAAAUUACAUUGACUGUUCAAAAAUAAUACCGAAGUAAGGCGUGUUACCUCGCCGCGAUAUUCAGACAUAUGCCUGAGAAGGACUUGAUUUGGAUACUACGAGCAAGCCCGGGAUGCAACAUUUGGUAUAUUGGUGGCACACCCCCUCAACUCCACAAAGUACCCCCCCCCCCCCCCCCCCCAAUUAAUGAACCGAUGACAGCUUUUAAAUCAUUAAAGCUUUGGCCACAGUUCCCAUUCUGUUAAAUUCGCAAUGCAGAAACACGAGGCUUCAUUGUUGGCAUGCGUGCGCCUUCUCUGUCAGCCGCUUAAUGGCACCUGUUGAUUAAUUUAAGAGAAAUGUGGAGCAGUGAACUCUUAAUAACUUUGAUCAAAGCCACGGAACAAAUCGUUAUCCAAAAAAACGACGCCCAAGACUCAAUUCUUUGGUUAAGUGCUUGGAAUGGGCCUGCUUUUCUUAAGCCUCUUAAAACUUGCCGACCUACUUCCUAGUUGGUAAAUGGAAGGACUCUUUGAUCAGGACGGUGUGUGGACUGCGCGCCCCUGCGGCGAACUAGAUGCACUACUUUAUUUAAGAAAAAUGUUUAUAAGGAAUCAGUAUGUAGUUUUCAAGAGACAAUCAGUGUGUCAUAUCAAUGGUCCAUAUGUUUUGUUUUUUCUUUCUUUCUGUGAUAGCCUUCAAAACUGUGACCUGUUUUAUUGUAUGCAAUUUGUGAGCUUUGCGUCAGCGAAGCCUGCUAUGAUUUAAAAGUUUUUUUGAACGGGAAAAAGUAUUAAUAUGAUGAAAUAACAAUGAGCAAUUAUUAAAAUAUAGAUCAGGAUUUCCCAAACUUAUGAAGAGUGUUCUGGUUGGGAAAAGAAUCUUGAUAAACAUUUCCCUGUGGUCGUCGUCCUCCUGUGGAUACCAGCCCCUCUACAUGGACCUGUGGCUCCAAUGCUGGUACUGUGAGCCGCCGUAUUUGGACACAAUAAAAGUGGUUUCAUCGAACACUCUGUCAUCAUAACAAUUGAUUCAAUCUAAAUGUCGGGACUUGCCCGUUUGCAAAUAUUGGCAAAUACAUUGCAUGUGUGAAUAAACCGCUCAAUUCCGGACGUCCUACGUAUGUUCCAGCCCCGUUGGAGGGAAAUAAAUACACAAUAAUGAAUACGCAUCAUUGACGGUAAAAUGGCAUUAAGUCAGGCAGUAGUAGCCCACACGUAUUUACGCUACAGUACAUGACGGCAAAGGUGUAUGGAGUCUUAGGGACUGUCAUCGCUGGAACAGUAAAAUAAAAAGGACUACGUGAAAUCUUAACUUAGUAUGACAUACGUUUAGCCAUUUUAACAGACCAAAUUUCUCUAUUGUCAUCGACUACACACUUGACCUUCACAAUAGUUAUCUUAAAGAGAAGGGUCUUAAUUGUGUUUUACGUUAGGCUAUAUAAUGGCACUAAUAGCACAAUAGGAUGUACGCCAUCUAGGCGGCUGCCUGGUAACAAACUCAAGGAACAGUUUGCAUUCCAAUAACAUACAAGAAU